AUGGCAUCAACCUUCGGACAAGUGUGUCCAUAUCCAUGUUACCCUCCACCGACCGGCCCCGUAAACAACCCUCCGGUGGCUAUAACCCCACCAUAUCCACCACAAGGUUCUAAUUAUAACAAUUAUCCACCACCAACAAGUGGUGGUGGUGGCGGCGGCGGCGGUGGUGGUUAUAAUAAUUUCCCAAAUUACCCUCCACCAAAUAAUGGCUAUGUAAAUGGUUUAGUGCCACCACCUCCUGAUCCAAUAUUACCUUGGUGGCCUUAUCAUUAUAGAAAUCGUCCUGAUCAAUUCUCUUCAUCAAAUUCAAUUCAAGAAUCAAGAAACAUGAUAUUCAUCAUGAUCACUAUUAUUGUUCCAAUGUUUUCCUUGUAUUUCCCUUUGCUUUUCCAUUAA